GAACUGAUACUUGAGUUAUGGCGAAUUUGUAGAUACAUCUAUUACUAUUUUGCGUUCGAUAUUAUCAAUUUUGUAACUAAAAUAAUGCAAUAUUAACAAUCUCUUUGUAAUAUUAAUAUUAUAUCCAUUGUAAGAGAUAAAGUGCUGUGGUAUUGAUAUCAAUGAGACAAGCUGUUCAUAUUAGAAUCCAGUGUUGGGGUUCCAUGAACAGUUUUGAACCCAUAAAUUUAUCCACAUAACCAAAAUGAACAACUGUGGUACUGGAGUGGGUGGCGGAGUACCCCUUACAGUUGGAGCCUACGACACUAAAAUAGCAGGUCUAUAUGACCUGUUGGACACCCUUGGCUCUGGUCAUUUUGCUGUGGUUAAAUUAGCACGCCAUGUCUUCACUGGUGAAAAGGUUGCUGUGAAAGUCAUUGAUAAAAGUAAACUAGAUGAUGUCUCAAAAUCACAUUUGUUUCAAGAGGUUCGCUGCAUGAAACUAGUACAACAUCCAAAUGUAGUAAGGCUUUACGAAGUAAUUGACACACAGACAAAGUUGUAUUUGAUAUUGGAACUGGGAGAUGGAGGUGAUUUAUAUGAUUAUAUUAUGAGACAUGAAACUGGUCUCUCAGAAUCUCUUGCUCGUGAUUACUUCAGACAAAUAGUCCGUGCAAUCUCAUACUGCCACAGGUUACAUGUGGUGCACAGAGACUUGAAACCUGAAAAUGUAGUAUUUUUUGAAAAAUUAGGAGUAGUUAAAUUGACUGACUUUGGUUUUAGUAAUAAGUUCUGUCCUGGACAAAAACUGGAAACAUCCUGUGGAUCAUUAGCAUAUUCAGCCCCUGAAAUAUUGCUAGGUGAUUCGUAUGACGCCCCAGCAGUUGAUGUCUGGUCUCUUGGAGUGAUACUGUACAUGUUGGUGUGCGGACAGGCUCCGUUCCAAGAAGCUAACGACAGUGAAACACUGACAAUGAUUAUGGAUUGUAAAUACACUAUGCCAUCUCAUGUCACAAAUUCAUGUAAAAGGCUUAUUGGAAGAAUGCUAGUGAGGGAACCUGAGAAACGUGCCACGUUAGCUGAAAUUGCAACUGAUCCAUGGAUCACUGCUGGCGAAGGGAUCACUAUUGAAGACUUUGACACACCACUCGUUGCCAAACAAGACUUGACUGAAGAAGAUCGCGCUGCUAUCCUGCAGAAAAUGGUUAACGGUGCUAUUGCUACAAAGGAAGAUAUUUUAGAAGAAUUGGAGAAAAAUGAAUAUAACCACAUUACAGCUACAUAUUAUUUAUUGGCAGAAAGAAAACUGAGGUCUAAAAGACAAGAAGCCCGGCAGAGCGCUCGGCGGCCCGAAGUACUGGCCGUGUCGCGCACGUCGCGCGGUCUGCUCGCGCCGCCGCAGCUGUCGGCCGCGCCGCGCACGCCGCAGGAUGUGCCUCCGCGUUCGCGCAAGUGCAGUAUCGUGCGCGAGGAGGAGGACGACGAGGAGGGCCCCGUGGCGACGCCGGCCGCGCGUUCGGCCGACGCGCGCCGCGGGUCGCGCUCCGAGGGACGUCUCCACCUCGCUCGCCCCGCGCAGCUCGCCGACAACCUCACUAAGGUGAAUCUCGACGAAGGCGUGAGCGCGGUGGGUGUGGUGGGCGCAGUGGGCGUGGUGGGCGCGGUGGGCAUGGUGGGCGCGGUGAGUAGCGCGCCGACGCCGGCUGCCGACAGCACGCGGCGAGCGCCACCGGCCCCGGCGCCGGCGAGGCGGCAGCGCCUCGAGUGUCGACGGCGACGAGCGCGCGCUGGCUCCUGCUCCUCCUCGGACUUGUCGGACGAUGACUCGGAGAAGAAAAAGCGCGCCGGGGAGCAGACGCCGGCGCCGGGCGAGCGCGCGCGCCGCGACUCGCACGACGACUCCAGCGACAGCCAGGAGCGAGGCGCCGCGCACCGCCCCGCGCCCCGCCCGCCGCCCGCCGCGCCCGCGCACGGUGGAGGAACACCGAGCAGUAGUGGCGGCGGCGGCGGCGGGGGCGGUGCGGCGGGGGACGCUCGCGGCGGGGGUGCGGGCAGCGCGGGGGGACGCCGACGCCGCGCCGCACGCAAGGAGAGCCGUCUGCGGGAGUCACGCUCGCUAAACCGUAUCGCUGAGGUGGAGGAGGCGAGCGCGGCGCGGUGGGCGGGCGGCGGGCUGGUGGCGCUCUGCGGGCGCCCGCUGCUGCGUCUGCUGGCCGCCGCGCGCCCCGCGCCCUCCGCGCGCCGCCUGCACGGCCUGUGCUGACUGCGCCCGCUCGCCACACACGCCCCGACGAGCGCCGCCACACACGCCCCGACACCACAGGGCAGAUAAGCACGACUACUGUGUACUAUUACACAUGAAGUGCGUGUUUCUGACAGCUGUCACAAUAAACGGUUGACAUCACAUGUUAGCUCAGAUAUAACUCAUACACGGUGAUUUAGGCAGCGACAUAUGUAUGUGUCCAAUACAAGAAACCCUUUAGCAAUAUUAAAAAUGAGGUCAAGCUUAUUCACACACUAGCUAGUAAAAUUUAUGAAAAAAUUGGUUUAGGCGUUAAGUUGGUUAAAAAAUUUAAUUCUGUUACGAAACAGAAUUAAAUUUUUAAAGUUCAAUAACUUUAUACUUACGAAAGUAUAAAGUUAUUGAACUUUGACCUAGCUUCAGUGAACGCCAAUGAAUUAUUGGCGUUCUAUCGUAGAAAACAAACUUUGUGAAUCAGUAGUGAUAAAUUGGUUUCAAAGUCCACAUAUGCGUCCGCGCAAUUUUUUAAUUUAAGCCCCGCCUCCAAAUAGAGUAGGUUGGGGAUUGUUUAGACCAUAGCUUAAUUUAAAUAUUUUUUUUUACUAGUUACUGUAAAAAUCUUUAUUUAAUCAUGUAUUUCAAAUUUACCUUUUUAAAAUAUUUUUUUAUUAAAUUGGCCAAUUCUUUUAUGGUGUCUAAGUCACUGUGUAUAGUUUCGACGCACGACCCGACAAUCACUACUUAACUAUAUGGCUGUCAAAAUAAACAACCGACGUAACGUUCUAGCUUAAAAAUUAAUAUUGUUUUCUUAUUUAUUAAAACAUUAAAUUUAGCGCAUAAUUUAUUUUUAGUUGUAUAAUAAUAAGCAAUGAUAGUAAUAAACACGCUCCGACACACCAUGCGAAUUUAAUUCGACUGACGACCCAACUGUAUAGUCGGAUGCUUUUUUUAUGACGUCUCAGAAAUAAUAGUAGGGGAGCCCGGGAUGCUAAAUUUGCAGUUACUCGAGCGUCAUUGAGACCGAUUACAUUUGGUACAUUAAAUUAUAGGAAGAAUAAAUGGUUAUUUACAUUUUCCGCUUUUAGCGGUGGAAAAAAAAAACUACAGACUUUAAAAACAAUUUUUAUUACUUUGGCUUACUGAAAUUUUAAGAAAAUUUUAGCGAUUAAUUAGGAGAUUAUUUCCUUAAAAAUAAGUAAAAAAUUAAUCGCACUCGUACCUCGAGCACUAAAAUAUAAGGGUUUAAUUUUGUAACUUUGAAACCCUCCCAUUCCAUUACGUUACGCUCAAAUCGUCAGAUUUUCGAAAUGUGCAGUUUUUAGCUAUCAACUCACCUACCUUAUCUUAAUCUGACGUGCUGGUUGAGUAUUUAUGAAAUUAGUUUUUUUUUUGGUUGCCCUAAACGUACCCACCAAUAUUAAGGGCUCAUACUCGGUGGAGGUACUCGACAAAGUGUAAGGUAUAGUCCCUUAUGUUUAUCUGCCGCGCUCGAGUAACUGCAAAAAUCCCCUCUUCGGCUCCUCUACUAUAAGAAGCCUAUAGCUUAGCAACUUCGUUCGUAACUCUCCCGACAGGCCGCGCGGGCCGGGGGGCGUGUAGCGAUGAAUGAAAAACCGACGAUUGAUGCACCUCACUUUCCCGCACGCACGAUUUCACACCCGCGCAGUCUUUCCCCUCGUCGCCCGAAUAUCAUGGGAGUGUCAUCAACGAACUUGCCAGACUAUACGCGUAGGCCAUAC